GAUUUAAUGGGUUCUACAGUUUCAUCAGGUGUUAGAAUCAUUAUUCUAACACAGUAGUAUAGUCAUUUGUCUCUAAAAUGAAGCACACCUACAUGUAGAUAAGUUUACCUUGCUUUACCUGAGACAAUGAUGCAUCUGCCGAUAUGCUAGACUCGUUUGUAGCAAUCAAGUUUAUUAUACUACCAUCAGCUCUACUAAGUUUAGUGUAAAAUUCUAAAAGGUGUGCAGGUAGUGGUCAUUUGAAAUAAACAUAUUGCUUACUGGUUUUAUAUCUUUUCGAAUAGGACUGUAAUACUAUCAGCAGGUUGUUUUUACAGUGUGUUUCAUACUUUUAAAGCUCUUUGCAGACAGAAACUUUUAGUUUAACUCAAGCCAUGAGUUGUGUGUGUCUUUUAGUUAUUAUGCUCUCAUAAACUGAGCAGGCUUCCUAUUAAGAAGAUUGAGGAAGCUCUCAAAACCCAUUUUAAUGCCCCACAGUCUUAACCUUUUGACCUCCCGGUUGGUGGCACACGGAAUCCCAGGUGAGCCACGUUAGAUUACUCUGCUUCUCUCCUGAUGUAAUAGCAGUUAAAAGACAGCAUGACAUGACGAUGACACAACAGCUGCAGGUGAGCUCAGUGUACUCAGGGUUGUGUGACUGCUGGACCGUGGGCUUUAUACCCCCGAGCCACUUGCCUGAUGUCUGUGGGGUAUGACAAGCCUGCGGCCUCUCCCCUUCGUAAUUGCUCCUGUGGGGGGUAAUUAUUGACCCGGUGACCGCGCAGAGCGGGGUGGGUGGACUAGCGACCGGAUGUAGGUGGGGGGAUAUGUGUGUGAUGUCGUGCGUGAAGGUCCGGGAAAGAGGCCAAUGGUCAGAACGUGAGGAGACAGCGCCGAGGUGUGAGCACAAUUCAUCGAGAGCGCGAAAAAGUAUUGUGUUUGGUUUUUAUGGAGAGAAACUGCAUCUACCGCUACAUUGAUGAGAUGGAGAGGCGACGUGAAGAACGUGAAAAAAUACAAGCAUGUGGUGUUCCAGAGGUAUGGGGAGACUCUCCCCCACCUUCUGACAGUUUUCAGCUCAGAGGAUGAGAUGAGACACGAGAAGAAAAAGAAAGGCGAGCAGAAAGAUAGGGAAUGCGAUGUGCAUUCUGAAGGAGGGAGAAAGAGAAAAAAGCAUAAGAAAAAAUCCAGCAAGAGCAAGAAGCAUAAGAAAAGUAAGAAAGCAAGGACCAGCAAGAAGUCAAAAAGCAGGGACUAUGCGCCGUCCGACAGUGAAUGGGAGUUCGUAUGGGAGGAAAAGAAGAAACCUGGUGAGGAGGAAGAAGAAAUAUUUAUCGGUCCCAAACCUUAUGUAGAAAGCACUGCAGAGAAACCUUUGGACUAUGGCAAGGCCUUGUUGCCUGGUGAAGGAGCAGCCAUGGCAGCCUACAUUGCUGAAGGCAAAAGAAUUCCCCGUAGGGGUGAGAUUGGCUUGACAUCUGAUGAGAUCCAGGCAUUUGAACAAGUUGGCUAUGUCAUGAGUGGUAGCAGACAUAGACGUAUGGAAGCUGUACGUCUUCGAAAGGAGGGCCAAAUUUACACCGCGGCCGAGAAGAGAGCUCUCACUCAGUUCAACCACGCUGAGCGACGCAAGCGAGAGAUCAAAAUUCUUUCGCAAUUUAAAGAAAUGGUCCAUCGCAGGACACAUAAGGAAUAGGCUUCCUUCAUGUAGAGAGCUUUUUUUUGUCUGGCAUAACGAUGACUUCCAUAUAGUAUACACAUCAUAAACAGAGAUUUAUAUUUGAAAUAUUCGAAACUUCAGUGUUCUUAUGAAGUAGAGGUGUACACACAGACUGUUUAUGUCUUUGAAAUGAGAUAGGGCAUUUGUGAUUCAAUUUGAUUUUCAUAAAUGAAACCUACGUUGUUUACAUUGGACAGGCACAUUUGAUCAUUGAACUUUGUAUUUGUACAGCAAACUGCUGGAUGGUAAUGUUAAACAAGUCAUUUGUAAAUAAAGUUGUC